CUCCUGCCUCCUCUUCAUCUUCUCACCAGACGUUUCUGAAGGAUUGUAGUAGACAAUUCACUCUCUACACUUCAGAGAAGCUCUGUGCAAUACGUCUUCUUGUCUGUUGGUCCAUUGACACGGGAGACAGAAUCAAUAAGUUUAUUUGUGAAGAGGGUUGGAAGGUCUCUGAAGGACACUGAUGUAUGAGAGAGAGAGAGAGAGAAAGAGGGAGGAGCUGCUGUGAGCUCCAGAUGAGUCUCCUCACGGAUCUCGCUCACUAGUCCAGGAAUGACUCGGGAUUAUUACAGAUUUUUCCCUGUUUUAUGAAAUCAGUUUGCUCCUUUGUCUGUCUUUUACUUGGAAAACAUCGGACUGAAGGUUAUGUGUGUUGAAGAAUAAAGAGGGGAAUUGGUUUCUUAUGAUGCAAUAAAACCAAACCGCAAUCUCUCAUAAUCACUGGAAAAUAAAGGAUUUUGUUUGGAGGAGUGAAAACGAAAGGAAGGACGAUGGGCCGAAAGAAGAUCCAGAUCACUCGCAUAAUGGACGAGAGAAACCGACAGGUGACGUUCACGAAGAGAAAGUUUGGUCUGAUGAAGAAGGCGUAUGAGCUCAGUGUUUUGUGCGACUGUGAAAUAGCCCUGAUUAUCUUCAACAGCUCAAAUAAACUCUUUCAGUACGCCAGCACAGACAUGGACAAGGUCUUACUCAAAUACACCGAAUACAAUGAACCACACGAGAGCAGAACCAACGCUGAUAUUAUGGAAGUAUUAAACAAAAAGGAACAGAGAGGCUGUGAGAGUCCAGACCCGGACACUUCAUACAUCCUUACUCCUCACACAGAAGAGAAAUAUCAAAAGAUCAACCAAGAGUUUGACAAUAUGAUGAGAAAUCAUAAAAUUCCGGCUGUUUUGGGUCAGCAGAGUUUUUGUAUGCCGAUGACUUUGCCGGUCAGCACCCCCACUUCACUCUCAUACAGUACAGACAGUUCACUGGAGACUCCGGUGUCCCUCAGCGGUCCGAGUGUAUUGUCUCUGUCCUCUAGUGGCCUUCAGAGCACUGAUUCUACCACUGUCAUGGAUGGUGUGCCGACAUCCUCCGCAGUCACACCUCCAAAUGGUCUUCACCCCCCUCCUGUGGCAAAUGGCUUCAUCAGUAGUUCUGAAGGAGGAGGAGGAGGAGGAGUUGUACAGCAGAAAUCUUCAGUGUUGUCCACCGCAGGCCGUAGACCUGAGCUGAGAGUUCACAUACCUCCAGUACACAACAUCUCUCCAGCGAGAAUAAACAGCCCCCAAUCCAGCCAGUCACUAAGCACACCGGUGGUUUCCGUGGCAACCCCAAGUCUGCAUCCCCAAGGCCUUGUGUACUCAGCAAUGACCUCAUCUUACGAUACAGAUUAUACCCUGAACAGUGCAGAGUCCAGUACUUUACAUGACUUCAGUUCACCAGAGAGCAUCACAUCAGGUCCAGGGUCUUCAUGGGAACAUAGUCAACCUGGUCAACAGGGCUUCACUACUCAAAGGGCCACACAUCCACAACCAUCCGAUUCCUCUACCAUCAGCAUCAAAUCAGAGCCCACCUCUCCACCCAGAGAACGUCCAGCCAAUUCACUGUACCCCAACAUCCACAACAUACCCGACCACACCAGACAGGAGGUGGGCCGGUCUUCUGCAGACAGCUUCAGCUCAUCUGGUAGUUCAUACGAGGGUAGUGACCGUGAGGACCAGCGUCUGGACUCUCUAACAGUUACUGCUAACUCAAUACAAGAGAGCCGAUCAUCACCCAGGACAGAAGACCGAGACGACCCAUCAUUCAAACGCAUGCGAACAGACAACUGGGUGACUUAAGACCACGUUGCUUUAAAGGAAACGUCUGAAAGUCAAGUUUCUGUCAAUGUGUGUUGCAGACACGAGCACUGCUGUUGUUAUCUGCUUCUUGCAGCAAAUAAUGAGAAGACACGGCAAAAACUGAGAAGAGGAAAUAUGAAGACUGUGUGCUUGAUACUAAUGUAACAUGGUUGUUUUAUUAUUUUUAAUUUCGUGAUUCCUUUAUGAUCAAAGCCACACAGUAUAAAUAUAGACAGAGACUCAUUAUUCCUCUAUGGAUCUGAGUUAUGAUGGCUUAAUGAUCAUGUUUUAUAAGACCAUACAGUGUGGACACAUUGCUGGUUGAAAUAGGAAACUUGUGGAUCGAUUACUUGCAGGUGACUUUCAGGUGAACCUCAGGUAUAUCAGCUUUCCCUGAUCAACUGGAAAUCUUUAAAGGAGUUGUACAAAUGACACACUAAUUUAUUUUAAGGAUUGUGAAUAAAGUCUUUGUUUGUUGGCGCUUACUAGCAAUACCUCGUCUUAAACUUAUAAUCGCUAUUUUGUAAGAAAGCAGUAUUUGAAAUCCAUUUUACUUCUAUAAUGUGAUGUCUCACUGCAUAAAAUAUUAACAACCACAGUAGACAUUUGGCUAUUGGUUAACUUUUGUUUUUCCAAAAUUUUUCACCUUUGGAAUUGAAGUGCAUUGGUAAAUUGUUCACAAUGGUAAUAUGCACAAAGAAAGUUUCAAUGUUUCAACUUAAGGCCAAUUUGGAUUGUAAGAGGCUAUAAACACAUCACAAUCACAGUAUAUUUAUGAAUUAUGUUUGAUGUCAUUUAUACAGUGUGAAUAUUGUGAAUGCUGCUUUUGAAUUCCAAUUACACAACUAUUUAAAGUCCCCAUGAAAUCAAAAUUGACAAUUCUUAUUUUUUUAUGGAAUAUUGCAGUGUUUAUUAUAAACAAUUUAUCCGCGCAAGUAUUUUUUUUA